AUGCCCGCCGAGGCGCCCAGCAGCGGCGAGGCCGCCGAGCCCGGCGCUCCGCGGGAGCGGCGGAGGCGGCGCGGCCGUGCGCGGGCGCGGACCGAGGCGCUGCUGCACACGCUGAAGCGCAGCCGGCGGGUCAAAGCCAACGACCGGGAGCGGAACCGCAUGCACCACCUCAACGCCGCCCUGGACGAGCUCCGCAGCGUCCUGCCCACCUUCCCCGACGACACCAAGCUCACCAAGAUCGAGACCCUGCGCUUCGCCUACAACUACAUCUGGGCCCUCUCCGAGACUCUCCGCCUGGCCGAGCAGUGCCUCCCGCCGCCCCCCGCCUUCCGCGGGGCCGCCGCGCCCCCCAGCCCCGGAAGCGACGCGGGGUCUUGGCUGUCCAGCGCCUCCCCGUCCGCCCCUUCGCUCUGCGCCUCCGCCUCCGGCCCCAGCAGCCCCGCCACCUCCGAGGACUGCGCUUACGCGCCCGCCGACAGCCUAAGGGGCUUCCGCGGGCUGCCCGCCGGCCCGGGCGCUCCGCUCCGCUAG